UCCCGGGGCCCUCUCCCAGAGGCGGCUGGCUGAACGUGCCAUCCCAGAACUGGGGGUGUUGCAGCGGAGGCGGCGGCGGCGGCGGCAGCGGCGGCAGUUGGAGCCGCCGAACCCGAUGGCGGCGGUGGGGCCGAGGUCCGGCCCUAGUGCCGGCGCCGAGGCUCUGGCCCUGGCGGCCGAGCUGCACGGGGAAGCGACGUGCUCCAUCUGCUUGGAGCUCUUCCAGGACCCCGUGUCCAUCGAGUGCGGCCACAGCUUCUGUCGCUCCUGCAUCGCCCGCUGCUGGGAGCGCCCGGGCAUCCCGGUGUCGCCUGCCCCCCGAGCCCUGCCCUGCCCUCAGUGCCGGGAGCCGGCCCGGCCCAGCCAGCUCCGCCCCAAUCGCCAGCUGGCCGGGGUGGCCAGUCUGCUCCGCCGCUACAGCCUCUCCCCGUGCGGGGACGGGGACGGGGAGGGCGCGGGGAGCCUGGUGUCCGGCUGCGUCCAGCACGGGGAGCCUCUGAAGCUCUACUGCCAGGAUGACGGGCGGGCCAUCUGCGUGGUGUGCGACCGCGCCCGGGAGCACCGCGCCCACGCCGUGUUGCCGCUGGACGAGGCGGUGCAGGAGGCCAAGGAGAUGUUGGAGUCCCGGCUAGGUGCUCUGAAGAAGGAAUUGGAGGAGUUUGAAGAUUUUAAGUCCAUGGAGGAGAAGGAGAGCCGAGAACUCCUGAAGCAAGUGACUGUGGAGCGGGAGAAGGUGGGGGCUGAGUUCCAAGCACUAAGGGCCUUCCUGAUGGAGCAGGAAAGCAGGCUGGUGGGGCGUCUGGAAGAGCUGGCCAGGGAGGUGACCCAAAGGCAAACUGAGAACCUGAACCAGCUUGGAAGCGAGAUCUCCCUGCUGUCGAAACUCACCACCGAGAUGGAAGAGACAUCCCACAAACCUGACUUGGACUUCCUGCAGGAGUUCAAGAACACAUUAGGCAGGUGUGACAAUGUGCCUGGCCCCAAACCAGCCUCAGUCUCUUCUGAAAUGAAGAGUAAAGUUUGGAAUAUUUCACUCAAGACCUUUGUUUUGAAGGGACUGCUAAAGAAGUUCAAAGAGGAUCUUCGGGGAGAACUGGAAAAAGAGGAGAAAGUGGAAUUGACAUUGGAUCCUGACACAGCCAACCCCCGCCUCAUCCUCUCACUGGAUCUCAAGAGUGUCCGCCUGGGCCCACGACCCCAAGAUCUGCCUCCUAAUCCCCGGCGCUUUGACACGAAUACUCGAGUGUUGGCCUCUCGUGGAUUUUCUUCAGGCCGUCACCACUGGGAGGUGGAGGUGGGCUCGGCCGAUGGCUGGGCCUUUGGGGUGGCCCGGGAGAGCGUUCGGCGUAAGGGCCUCACCCCCUUCACUCCCGAAGAGGGCGUCUGGGCCCUUCAGCUCAAUGGUGGGCAGUACUGGGCCGUGACAUCUCCCGAGCGCACCUCCCUGAGCCCCGGGGGGCGGCUGGCCCGGGUCCGGGUCGCCCUGGAUUUAGAGGCUGGUGCGGUGUCUUUCUACGCUGCGGAGGACAUGCGGCACAUCUACACCUUCCGAGUGGCCUUCCGAGAGCGAGUCUUUCCCCUCUUCUCUGUCUGCUCUACUGGGACAUACCUGCGGAUCUGGCCAUGAGAUGGGGCCAGAAGGGAUGGGCCACCAAGAGGAUGGGGCUGAUUCAGGCCUGUGGGUUUUGGGAGCUACAGGAAGUUGGUCCUGCCAACCCUGGCUUUCUGCCUGGCCAGAUCUCACUUUGUUUUCUUUGAGAGAUGGGAUACAAGCAAGAAGUUAAUGUUGUAUGUAUAGGCCUCUCCCAAAUCCUGGCUUCUUGUUUGCCAUGUGCUGGCUUUAUGCCUUCUCCUGCCUCUUGCUGGGGCUUAUUACAAGGAAAGAAGCCAGAUUAUCUCAUACAGACUUCACCAUUUCCCCUCUUUGUGCUGGGCUACCUUUUCACCAAAACUCAUCUGUGGAUUUAACCUUGAGGCCUAUGGAUACUGGGGACUUUGGCCAUCCCUCCCUUUGGCAGGUGGCAACAACUGUGGCCAAGUAGCAAGUUUAGGCUGUACAUAUCUGCCUGGCUCCUUGUUCCUGGUCUCACUUCAUCUCUAGAUCUUAAACCUGCUCUGUGUCUCCUUUCUCUGGCUGUUGAUACUGGCUUUCGUCUCAGCUUUCUUCUGCCUCUUCAUUUUCCCCAGGACUUUAGGAGGUGUUGGGGAAAGGUGGUAGGGGGAAGAGCCAAAUUCCCUAGGUUCUUUAGGUUCCUGCGUACUUGAAUCUCAGUCCUGAGCUAUCCCGACUGAGGAGGAAGGCAGCUCUGGGUUUGGGGCGGGACAUUUCAUCUUCUCUGCUUUGUACUUUUGUCAGGCUGUAGCCAACAGGAUCAAAAGUGGACUCAAAGCUGAGUGGACUUAGCUGCUUGUCUUUGGACUCUGAGGUCAUCAAUUUUCCUGGCUACAGCUGACAUUUGGAAUCAGGAAAGAGCUCAGUUUCUAAGAUGUCAGUCUCCGCCCAGACUAGAAUUAGACCCUUGCCCCUGGAUGUGACCAUGCAGCCACUCAAGGGAAUAAAUGCCAACACACUUUUGGGAAUUCACACUCACACUGCCCUAUAACCUUCCUUCCCCUCCCCCACCUCCACCAUAUAACAGCUUACCAAUACUAACUGGGUUUAAGGUUUUAUGAAAGAAGAAAGAAAGACAGAUAGAAGGAAAGAAAGAAAUCUAGCCAGCAAACCCCACGUUAAGUGGGCAGCUUCUGGCCAUUAAAAAUAGAUUGUACCACCAUAAGUCCCAGCCGAAGCUCCACUUAAUGGCUGUAUUUUGAGCCCUCCUGGUUUAGAGUGAAUGUCAAUGGUAACUUUCUCUUUGGAACACCCACCCUGAAGGUCUUCCCCUUCCAACCUGAUUUAUUUUUCUUUUUUUCUAAUUAAAGGGGCCAUCCCUUGACUCACUUCUUAGGGAGCCUAUUCACUGCAUGGGUGUUACCUCACUCUUAAGUGAUUAUAUGAAAAGGCUUUAGCCUAAAAGACUAGGGUCUCCCAUUGCAUCCUGGGUCAUCUCCAGUCAUCCUGAUCAAUAUCUGGUCACUGGACCCAGAUGGCUCUGGAGGAGAAAGUGAGGCUGGUGACCUUGCACAGCCCUCCUUCAACCAAAACAAAGGCAACUAACUACAAGUCAUAUCUUCAUUUCCCUGAUGCCAUGGUCCUCUUGGAAAACAAAGGACCAGCACAACCAAUAUGAAGGCAUGCCCUCCACCGACUAUAGGGAUAGAUCACUGCUCCCAAAUCCAUGUGCAAAUCCACACUCAUAACUUCACAGUCACGUCAGUGUACAAACCUACAGGCACGAAUGCACUCAUCAUAAUCAAUAUGCAGGUACUUCCUGCCACUGUUUGGCCAAAUGAUGUAAAUACACUUGGAACACCUUUCCAAGAAGCACACCUAGAAAGUAUGUCAUACAUAAAUAUACAUAUUAUCUAGACCUUGAAUCACCGGGUUCUAGAUUCUCCCUCAUGAUCUUCACGGCCUCUUUACCAGGAUGGUGCCUCAGUUUCCCCAAUUGGUGGUAUUUCCUGCUCUUCGUGACUAUGGCAGAGGGAGGGGAACAGACCAAGAAGGGAGGAAGAGUGGCUUUCCCUGAUCAGCUUUCCUUCGGAGAGUCAGAAAUGCAGACUAUGAGUUCAUCUCAUUACUUGGUUUCCUGGUGGGUGAGGUGGGUGGGAAGGGGAGUAUGUCCUUGAGGGGUUUCUGGGAGUCCGUGUGUGAUUGUAUCUAUAGAUUAUUUCUCUAUCCUGAGUGGUGAUGUGAGUAUUUCUGUGUGAAUGUGUACAUUAUUUAGGGAAUCUGGAUAGUAGUGUAUGUGGGUGUGUGAAGGGAGUAUACGUUUAUUGUAGUCUCCCAUUAUGUGAAUGUGGGUGUACUUGUGUGUACUUGUACUCUCAGUACUAAUAUGUGCUUGUCCGUUUGGGGCUGUGUGGUAAUGGAGGAGGGUUUUUGAAUGUUCUGAGUGUGUCUGAGUCCUUGCUUGUGCAUAUAGAUAUGUUUGCAUGUGAGUAUGCUAUAAUUAAGUGAAUGUAUGUCUCUGUAGCAGGACUGAAUACUUACUUGACUGGUAGCUGCUCUGGGUAGGGAGAAAGGAAAAGUUUGGCAUAGAAUCUAGGCCCUAGAGCAGGAGUUCUUAGGAUUUGUGAACCUGUGUUUGAAAAAAAAUUUUUUUUGUUAACUGUAUUUCAAUAUAAUUGGUUUCUUUUGUUAUCCUAUGUAUUUUAUCUUAUUCAAUUCACAACAUUAUUCUGAGAAGAGGUCUUUCCAUCGGUGUCCCCAGACUGUCAAGAAGGGCCCAUGACACAAAACUUAAGAACCUUUGCCCUAGAAGAAGGCUGUAUGCAAAGCAGUUACUUGUGAUGUCAUCACGUUUCUGUCUGAUUCUGUGAGUUCCUCUCUCCACUCUCCCAUUCUCAGAAGGACCUGAGGUUCCUUCCCACACUCUCCGUGUUCAAAUGAUGGUCCCUAUUAAGUGGCGGAGGUGAGCUGGGUGGUUGUGGGAACAGGAGGGUCUGUCACAUUUCCUGAGGCAGGUCCACACCGCCUGUGGAGGCAGCGGUAGAACCAGGCUUGAGGUAAGCCCAGCUACCCAAACUGACUGGAAACUCCCAUAUUCCAGGAAUCCUGCCUUUGAGCUGAUAGUAGUCACCUUAACUUCUACCAUCCACUUUGUUCUUUUAUUUUUCUCUGCCUUCCUUUUUUUUUUUUAAAGGCAUUUCCUUGCUCCCCUUUUUCUGGACAUAGAUAUCUGUCCAGAAGCUCCUUUUUCUCUUUAGGGAUCCAUGUGUCUCAGUCUUCCUUUUUCUGGGAACUAGAGCUGACUCUUGGAUGACUGGUUUGCACACAGAGCGGUAAGAGGUCCACAGCGUCUCGCACAGCGUCUCGCACGUAGAUGCCCACACAAACGUUUGAUGAAAAGUGAAUUUCCACAUCUGUAAUAACCAGCAUUUCUAUGUCACUUAAAGGUGAGCAAAGUGCUUUACAAAUAAAUUUGAUCUCAGAAACCCUGGGAGGUAGUGGCUCUUAUUACCCCAUCUUUGUAGAGGAGGGAAUUGAAGAAUGAGGUUAAAUAGUUGUCUGAGGCAGAUUUGAACUCCUGUGUCUUGAGUCCAGGGCCAGGCUACUUAACUGCAACAUUGGAUCACUAAGAAUUGACUACUUUGAAUGGAGUGGCAAGAUCACUAGAUUUGACGUUAGAAGACCAGAGUCCAGAUCCCAGCUCUUUCAACAAGCACUGGGACGCACUGGGAAUGCAAAUAUAUAAUGAAAACUCUUCAAAGAGCCCUUAUUCUAUGGAGGGAGGCAACAAGGACGGUGCAUAAGUAAGAUAAUACAAGGCGGUGUUUAGGAACAGGCACAGGCAUCUAGGGAGAUCAGGCAAGGCUUCACGUAGAGCUGAGCUCUUAAAGGAAGUGGCCAUGGUGAUGGGGAAGUGCCUUACAGGCACAGGGAGACAGCCGCACAGAGAUGGGAGAUUGUGAGGAACGGCAAGUAAAUCAGUGUGGCUCUAUGUGAAGGGGAAAAUGUAAUAAGACUGGAAAGGUAGGUUGGAGUCAGAUUUUGAAGGGCUUUAAAUGCCCAAUAGAAGUUAUUUUAUUUCAUCCCAGAGGUAUCAGGAUACUCCUGGAGUUGUUCUGGGUCACCUGUGUGACCUGGGGAAAAUAAUUUCACUCUCUAGGCCUCAUUUAUCUGUAGAAUGAGGGUUUUGCCCUAGCCUAGAUCAUCUCCAAGGUCCUUUACUGCUUUAAAUCUGUUCUACGAUUCUAAUUAGGGAAGUAACGUGGAGGAGGUAAAGUGUUAGGAACCCUGAAUAAAGGUGGUGAAAUGUUUUGUCAUUCUUUGGUGAUGGGGUAUUUCAGGCAACACGUAUAACUUAGGAAAAAGCCCAGAGGGAAGAAAAGCAUGUUUAAUAAAAGGAAUAUUGACUCAAUCUAAGAAGAAAAGGGGAGGUUCUAAAGAUUAAGAAAAUCAAGUAAUUUGUAGAGAACCCAGUGAAAGUUUUAAGACUGGAUUUUGGAAAUGCUCUGUAGUGUAAUGGUAAACAUCCAAGUAGGGGGAUGGUACGGUCAGAACAGCAAUGAGGGAAGAAAACUUAGUAAUCAUGAAGGUCAACUGCAAAGAGAGGAUGAAACAAGGAGGAGUAGUCUGGUUAAGGAAAUAUCAAUAUAUUAAGUGAGAAAUGACUAGAUUAGGUUUGUGCUUGAAAGGUGAAAGGUAAGAUUGAGUUAUUUAUGCCCUCAUCAUCUCUCUUGGGGUAUUGCAAGAGCUUCCAAACUGGCCUCCAAUCCAUCACUCAUGCAGCUGCCAAAUUGAUAUAUUUUUUUAAAAGUUAAAAAUUGGGAGACAGUCUACCAAAAUAUCUUCAAUAUAUCCAUAGUUUCAAUUACAUCAUACUCCUUUCAGGAAUAAAGAGCCACUUAAAUACCUGGAAGAAUAUAUGGUACAGAUGGCUGAGCUGGGCCAAUAGAAAAAUUCAAAUAGAACCAAAGUUAAUAUACAGAUUUAAUGUUAUGCAAAAGUGCCAAAUGAGAUAUUUUUCAGGGCUAGAUAACAUCAUAACCCAUUUGGAAGAAGAAACUAUCCACACCAUCAAGAAAUGAAAAAAGGAAUGAAUGUAAAAACAGCUUUUUCGGGCCUUUAAACAUAACACAGAGCAACGGUAAUCAAAACCAUUUGGUACUAGUUUAAAAAAUAGAAAAGUCAACAGAACAUAUUAAACAAGGGAGAACCAGAAAUAUUGAACUCAAUGUUCAAUAAACCUAAAAAACAAGUUACUUAGGAAAGACCUUAUUUGCUGAGUACACCUAGGAAAAAUGGCAAGUAGUCUUGUAGAAAUUAGGUUUGAAUGAGCAUAUCAUUUUCUAUAAUAAAUUCAAAGUGGAUAUGUGAUCUGAAUAUUAAAGAUCAUACCAUAAAAAGACCAAGAGAAGCAGAUCGUAUACUUUUCACAGUUUUGUGAUAAUUUUUUACAUGAAAUGGAAACAGUUCUUAACCAACUAGGAUAAGAGAAGUAAUUUUUGACUCAAAUAUCUCUGGUAAGGGUUUCCUGCCUAAGAUAUACGUACUAACAGAACUAUGAACUAACAAAAAUAAAGACCCAAAACUAUUUUCUAAUUAAAAGUGGCCAAAGAAUAUGCCAAAAGAAUUUCAAACUAUUAAUAACCAUAUGAAAGGAUGCUCUAAAAUACUAAUAAGAGAAAUGCAAAUCAAAACAAAUAGCAAAGAUUCUAAAUGAUGGAAAUAAUAUUGGAGAGGUGAAAAGAUGAAAAUCAUUGCAUUAUUGGUGGAGCUGUGAAUUGGUACAACCCAUUCUGGAAAAAAUUUUGGAAGUAUGCAAAUAAAGUAACUAAAAUGGCCAUACCCUUUUGUCCAGGAAUUCCACUACUAGGCAUAUACCCCAGAGAGGUCAUUGAGAAAAUAAAAGGUUCCACCUAGGCUAAAAUAUUUAUAGGUGCUCUUCUGGUCACAAAGGACCGGAAACAAGUAGAUGCCCAUCUGUUGUGGAAUGGCUAAGCAAAUUGUGAUACAUGAAUGUAAUGGAAUAUUACUGCGCUGUAAGAUAACAGUGAAUAUGAUGAAUACAGAGAAAGAUGUGAAGACAUACACUGAUUGAAAGACGAAUUGGUUGACUUGGAUGUUUAGGAGGUUGGACUCUAGUCAAAAAAAAAGUCACCAUUCUGUGCUGGCCAUAUAAAAAAAGGGAGUAUAUAGACCUGCUUAGGACUUCUUAGGCUUCUUUUACCUUCUCUUUUUCAACUUCUGGAAUGCUUCCCAGAUAGGAGAGAGGAGGAAUUUCUCUUCCUUUCUUCUUCCCACCCUCUCCUGGCAGUUAAAGGCUUCCUUAGGGCAGAAGCCCAAUGUGUUUACUCAAGUUGACCUACAAAGAAAGAGUUCCUUUUUUUCAAUUUUGAGUAUAAGUCCGAGACUUGAGAGUGAAUGUCCCAGAUCAAGAGAUGACAACAGUUGGUCCACUAGGUCCAGAGACAGGCACAUAAGUGUACACAUAAGCCAUACACAUGGCCACAGAAGAGCAUUCCUCAACUGUAGUUCUAAUUAGAGACUGGAGGGUUUUCUAGGCUUUUUCUGUAGCUAGAAUGUUGCCUCCUACCUGGCCAGAGAAGGAAGGUUUCUUGGGCAUUACUAGCCUUGAAGAGGGCUAGGGAGUAAAAAACCAAAAACAAAACCACCUUCCUGUCCUCUAGGAACUAUAUAGUCUAUGGGAGGAUGGAGAGGGAGAGAAGAAAUAUAGUAUUUCAAAUAUGGGGAACAACUUGUGCAAAGGCCCCAGAAGUGCCCUAUUACAGAGAGUAGAAAGUAGGCCUUUUUGGAAGGAACAGCCUGGAAAGCUAGGCUAUAGCAAGAUUGCAAAGGACUUUAGGUGAAAAACGAAGUUAGUAUUUUCUCUUAAGAGAUGUGCCACUUCCUAUAGUAAACCUGUGUUACACCUCCCAUCCCUACAUUUGCUAGUGUCCUGCCCUUCAAAAUGAUAGGUUUUCUUUUAAAUUUUCUUUGUAUAUUUUGGAACUGCUUUCUUUCUGCUUACUUCCUCUUUCCUUACUAUAGAGCUCCCUGGGGGCAGAAAGGUAGGGUUGAUUUUUACAUUUGUAGGCUUAUCUAGCAGAGUCUAGUAUACAGUACACAGUACUUGAUUAAUAAAUGCUUGCUGAAUUGAAUUGAAUGGGGAGGUAAUGGAUCUUCUUGAGCAGAAAAGUGACCUAAAUUUAUACUCGGGGAAUAUCUAUUGGAAAUAAAACUGAAUGCUGUGUAAGGAGAGCCUCAGCUUGGCCUCAGCGAAGAUGAACCUCCCUUCUUUGCAGAAAUGGGGAAGAUGGAUGUGGAAUAUUGAAUAGACUCUCAGAUAUGGUUAUUUUUAAAAAAUCUGUUAUAAGGGAUGUUGAGAUGGGGAAAGUAUGUCAAAAAAUAUCAAUUUUUUAAAAAGUUGAUUUUUACUGAUUUUUAAUUUUUGCCUUACCAAGAUUUCCCACUGUAUCCAUCUCCUCCCAGAGAGCCAUCAUUUAGGACAAAGAUUAUUUUUUAAGAAAAGAGAAAGAAGAAGGCCCAGAAUAUAAUCAUUCACCAGGUGAUGAGGAGUAAACUAACACGGGCUUCUAGAGCUCAAUCCCUUUAUGAGAGAUGAAGUCUUUCUGAUUGAGUCAAGAAAGGAACAAGGAUUGACAGAAAAAUUAUCCUCAUGCCUCUGUACCUUGAGUGAAUUUCAGAACUGGAGGGUUGGAGGCACUUGUGGCAUAGAUCCUUGCAUCUAUCCUAAAGGGCAGCAAGAGGGGGAGGAGAUUUCUUCUAUUCCCUACUUUCUAUUCCCUAUCCAACAUGUUGCUUUGAAUCAGAACUAGUUUACCAGUAGAGAAAGAAUAUAUCCAGCCAGGAGCAGAGGCCCACAUUCCAUACAGAUUCAGAUAAAGACAGUUACCAGAGGGAGGAAACAGCUCCAAAGAAACUCCUGGCAGCAGAGAAGAGAGAGAGAUAGUUGAGCAACUAGCCCAGCAGACUCUGCACCCAAGGAGCCACUUUGAAAGGCUUACAUAAGGAGAGAAAAGGCUGCUAGGCCUGAAAUACCAAGACUUGGGAGUUGCCUUUGACAUUGCUAUGUUCUACACCGGUACCUCGCUAUCAUUGUACCUUACGGUCUUCGCCGGUUUUCCCCACUGAUGCUUUGUGUAUUUGUGGGGGAAUUCUCCCCAGUUUUAUGUGAGGAAUGCUUCACACCAACUGUUCUUGGUAUGUACCAUCUUAAUAAAUGCCUUUGCUAU